ACACGAGGCGACAUGAAGGGCUCUGCGUCCGAAUCUCCCAGUGCCUCGGUCACUGAGGCGACCACCACCGACGUGCAAGUGUCCCCGACCACUCUUUUACAGCUGGACAGAGAGCAGAUUAGAAAGGCAGUGGAAGGAAUAUCUAAUCGCUCAAAGUAAAAAAACAAUAAUGAAUUGCUGUUGAAUGGGAGCGAAAAUUUAUUUUUAAUGGUGAUAUUAUGGAAAAUUCCAGAGAAAGAACUUCGGGUCAAAGUACCUUUGCCUCAUAGCAUUCUCUCCGAAUCCUCAGAUGUAUGUCUCUUCACAAAAGAUGAAUUUGAUUCACCUGAACAGACAGAAGGUUUCUAUAAAAAGCUUUUGAAAAAACACAGAAUUAACACUAUCUCUCAGAUUAUCCCUUUUAAAACUUUAAAAACAGAAUAUAAAGCCUAUGAAGCCAAGCUCUGCCUCCUGGGUAGCUUUGAUGUCUUUAUUACUGAUGCGAGAAUUCGACGGCAUUUGCCCACACACAUAGGGAGGCAUUUUUAUCAGAGGAAGAAAGUUCCAGUGUCUGUGAACCUUCUGGCAAAGAAUCUGUCCACAGAGAUUAACCGAUGGAUCUCAGGGACCGUCUUAAACAUCUCUAAGCGUGGUUCUUGCAGUACGAUCCGUAUUGGUCACACUGGAAUGGAGACUGAGCACAUCGUUGACAACAUCCUAGCUGUCUCAGAAAUGCUUUCAGAAAAAUUGCCAGAGAAAUGGGAGAGUGUGAAACUGUUGUUCCUGAAAAGUGAGAAGUCGGUUUCCCUGCCCAUCUUUUCUUCAUUUGUCACAUCUCAGGAUGAAAACGCUGUUUCCUUCCGUAGUUUGAGGAAACAAGAACUAAAGAAAAGAAAGCAUGAAAAUGCAAAGUUGAAGAAGAAGAGCAAAAUGUUAAAGAAGAAGUCCAAGAAGGCUGCAUCUCUUUCAACUCAGAGUGGGUUAGCUAGUAGUGCUCCAGCGAAGGGCCCAGGAGCCCAGAAGAAAAAGACCAACAAGGCACACACAAAGCAGANAGUUACANAGGAAUGUGAAGNAACAAUUCCACAACUGGUACCAAUAGGAGAGACUCCAGAUAAAGAAAAUGUAAAGAUGCAAGAAAAUAUCACAGGGAAAACUCCAAAAUUGAAAUCUGAUCCAAGUACACCUAAGGGUAAGAAAAGGAAGGCCUUGCUGGCUACAGAGAUUCCAGAAGCCUCCGCCCCUGGGACCUCAGGGAAGAAGCAAAAAAAGGAUGUUCGGGAAUUCAGAAAGCCAGAGGCCAGCUCCUUCUCUACUCCCAGGAAAUCUGGAAAGAAGGCUUCCAACACACCCAGAGACAAAAACCAAGGCGGCCCACUCAAACUAGAGUUAGUGCGUUGGCAUGAAGGACAUCAGAGUUAACCUAGAGCUUUUCAAAAAU